CCUCGAUUGGCUGUCACGAGGCCGAACAUAGCCUCAAAACCCAAGCUUCGUAGCGAACACUGGCUAGUGUUACUAUGGACAACUCACCAACCUCUCUGUUUGAAUCAUACGAACAAGACUUCAAGUCAAUCAUUGAAUCCAUUCGGGGGAAACUUGAUGGGGAAGCAAAAGACCAGAACGGAGAACAACGCAAGGCAACAUUGAGGCGAGUAGACAUGGAGGUUGAAGAGGCGGAUGAAAUUAUAUCUCAAAUGGAAGUAGAGAUCCAAGGCAUGCCCCAGUCUCUCAAAGCACGGAACCAAAUUCGUGUGAAGACAAACAAAUCAGACCUCUCGAAGCUGAGGACCCAAGCUAAAGCACUGCAUGCUACAGCAACUCGUGCCGAUUUGCUGGGCUCUCAUGCAUUCAACACCUCCGCGGCAUUCUCGGAGGAAGACUCUGGUUCACAACGCACCCGCUUGCUAGCCGGUACUCAGACGCUUACAGACAGUACUCGGAGACUCGAAGAUAGCCAUCGGAUUGCUCUCGAGACAGAGGAUGUCGGGGCCGAUAUCCUGAGGAGUCUUAGAAUACAGAGAGAAGGCAUUGUUCGGACCCGAGACACUCUUCAUGAAGCCGAUGCGAGCAUCACUCGUGCUUCUGGUACGCUGAAGGGAAUGAUUCGUCGCAUGAAUCAACAGCGUGUCAUCAUGGGCGCCAUCAUCGCUGUUCUCCUGAUUCUCAUUGGAUUCAUUCUUUGGUCAAAGUUAUCCCGCUAGACCAAAUCUCUUGGCUUCAGCUAAUCAUCGCCCCGGCUACGACUCUCAGUUCGAACUUUUUCCGCAGAUGGACACCUAGCCGAGCAUAUUUAACUCUAUUCACAGUCCGGACAUUGUGUGCAGGUCAUUGUACAUGCUUCCUAGUUUCCAAUUUGUGACUUCACAGAUGAUGUUUACCAUACGCCGAAAUAAGAACAGUCGAGUAAUUGUAUUCCCGAAAGGAGCGACAAUCAAGUACACAUAGGUCAAGAAAUAAUGUAG